AAGAACUUUCAUAAAAAAAUACCAAUGAUUGUUGUGGCUAGAUACGGUAUGAGAAAAUGAUUUUGCUUAUCAAAUACCCGUGCAAAACCGAGAAGAAAGAGAACUGCCUAUAACAACAGUCUGGAUCUUAACAGUGUUCGCUGCGCUUGUGUACCUAUAAUAAAGAGGCAAGUUUUCAUUUUCACUCAUAAAUACGUGUCAUUUCAUACAUAGCAGAAUAAUUUGAUUUAUAAUAUAAUUAUGAACAGAAACAAGACCAAUUCUAGGAUGGCGAGAACCACCGAAAGUGAUCCUGAAACAAAGACUGCUAAUGCAUACAGGCUUAUCGCAAAUGAGGAAAAGCCCCCUGACAUAAAAUACGAAAAGGAAACAUCAUGGGUUGCUGGAGUGCAAAUGUUUGUAUCAUUCCUUUUGGCUGGUUUUGGCAUGGUGGCAGCUAGCCUUCUUCUAGAUGUUGUGCAGCACUGGGAUGUUUUCACCAAAGUGUCUGAAGUAUACAUUUUAGUGCCAGCCCUCCUGGGGUUAAAAGGUAAUUUGGAAAUGACAUUAGCAUCUCGACUGUCAACUCAUGCCCAUUUGGGUCAUCUAGAUACUAGUUUGGGGUCCCUGGUUGUUGGUAACUUGUGUUUAAUACAGUGUCAGGCAGUACUGGUGGGGUUCCUGGCAGCUAUGGCUGCUGUAGCAAUGGGUUGGAUUCCAGAAGGACAAUUUGACAUCCAUCAUGCAUCAUUACUGUGUGCGUCUAGUGUGUUAACAGCAUCAUCUGCCAGUUUUGUACUUGGUUUAAUCAUGAUAGGGGUGAUUGUGGUAUCAAAGAAGAUGAACAUAAAUCCUGACAACAUUGCCACACCAAUAGCAGCCAGCCUUGGAGAUUUGACAACCUUGGCACUGUUGUCUUGGAUAGCAUCACUACUGUAUAAAUCUAUUGGCACAAGUAUUAUACUACCAUCUAUUAUUAUCACUGUUGGCGCGCUGCUUGUCCCCGUGUGUGGUUAUAUUGCUUGGAGUAAUAAAUUCACAAGGCAAGCACUGGAUGAAGGUUGGGUGCCAGUUGUGUCUGCCAUGGUAAUAAGCAGUGCUGGAGGUUUAAUUCUAGACCACACUGUGUCAGUGUACACAGGUAUUGCUGUUUACCAGCUAGUUAUUAAUGGCAUUGGUGGUAAUAUGGUGGCAGUACAUGCUUCUAGACUGUCUACUCAACUACACACAGGACAGAAAGAGGGUUCCGUCUUAGGAAGCACUACUAGGCUUCUCCUGGUUAUGGUGAUCCCGGGCCAAUUGAUAUUUAUCUACACAAUAGGAUAUUUGAGAGCUGGUCACACAUCAACAACCCCUACUUUUAUAUUAAUUUACAUGUCUGCUGCAUUGUUACAAGUGUUUCUGUUGUUAACAAUUAGUCAUUACAUGGUGGCAUGGAUGUGGAAGAUGGGAAUGGACCCUGACAACUCAGCAAUACCUUAUCUUACAGCACUUGGUGACUUGUUGGGUACUGCACUCCUUGGUGUGGCAUUCAGCAUUCUAUAUGCAAUAGGUGAUAAGGACAGUGAUUUAGGAGACUAAAACAAAUCUCAUUCUUGUAUAAUUUGCUUAAACUGCUCAAAAUUUAAUUAAAAUUUAUGGAAAUCAGAUUUUCUAAAGGAAUGUCUUUAAAAAGUGAUACUGUUCUAAACAUGUAUUAUUUUAAGCAGUAUUACUAUAUACUGUGCCAUAAGUACUUUUGUUAUUUUCUUUUACUGACUAGUGGCACAACUCAUUCGUCAUUAUUAUUGACAUGGAAUUCAAUUAGUUUACAAUAAACUAUUUUAUUUCUUAUAUUUCUACCUUCACACUUUCCAUAAACUCGUUUAAUUAU